UGCCAUCCCUAUAUUUUGCCUCCUCCCUCCUCUCUUUCAGGCCUUCAAAUCUAGCCCCUGUUUGACUGCUGCAUACCCCGCCUCCUUCCUCCCUUCACCACACCCUGUUCGUUUCUCAACCGAAGAAAACAAGGAAGGACAAAAAAAAGCAUCAACCAUGUCGAAUUCUGCAUCGGGAAUGGCCGUAUGCGACGAAUGCAAACUCAAGUUCCAGGAACUUAAGGCGAAGAGGAGCUUCCGCUUCAUUGUGUUCAAGAUCAACGAGAAAGUGCAGCAGGUGGUGGUGGACAGGGUGGGGCAGCCUAAUGAGAGCUAUGAUGAUUUUACAGCCUGUUUACCCGCUGAUGAGUGCCGCUAUGCAGUGUUUGAUUUUGACUUCGUCACUGAUGAGAACUGCCAGAAGAGCAAGAUCUUCUUCAUCUCUUGGGCUCCUGACAUAGCAAGGGUGAGGAGCAAGAUGCUGUACGCGAGCUCCAAGGACCGCUUCAAGAGGGAGCUCGACGGCAUCCAGGUGGAGCUACAGGCGACCGACCCAAGCGAGAUGAGCAUGGACAUCGUAAAGGCGCGGGCCCUCUGAGUGAAAAAACCCAAGCCCGGCUACUACUACCUACACCCAGGAGCAGAGAGCCUUCAUCGGCACCGGCUCCUGUUCUUGCAAUUCCUCCCCAUCCGUUUUUCGUGCCAUUGGAAGCAAAGUGUUGUGUAAUGUAUGAGAUUGUAUGCCGUCUUCAUUCUUCUUUUUCCCCGUAUUUGGUGCCAUAGUCUCUGUUCCUGCUGUAAACUAGAACAUAUGUGCAUUUUGAUGCAAGGUGUGAACCCUAAUGUGCUGUAGGUAAUCACCGAGUUUCACACAAAAAAAAUUGAUUUUAUCUCUC